AUGUCCGCUGCUCGAGCCUGGCCUGGGCCAGCCCCCCUGAGGAGGCACAGGGCCUGCUGUCCCUCGAAUAGGGAGACCAUCAUUCCCAGUGAGCUCCCUCUGGCCCAGGAGAUCACCUGCACGCUUAGAGAGUGGGCAGCCAACUGGAAACAGAGCUACCUGGACGGGCGGGGCCAGCUGUUCCAUCGGGUGGGUGCGAUGAUGUGUGAGCUGAUGGAGAGGCGGAGCCAGCUGCAGUCAGGGACGCUGUCCAAGGACAAGCUGCUGGAGCUGCAGCAGCAGGUCACCUCCCAGAUUGACCAGGGCAACCGGCUGUUGAAGUUGGACCUGGUGGUCCGCGGGCCGGAGGGUACGGUUCUGAACCCAGAUAGCACCGGCGUGGUCAGCCUGUACAGAGCUCACCGGGACACCAGCCUCCGCACUGAGCAGCAUUGUGUCCAGUCGGAGGGAGGAGCGCAGAAGGUCCCGCAGCUCUCGUCCCCCAUGCGCAGCCUCUUCCUGUCCGUGAGGAACUUCGUGUGCCGGGUGGGCGAGGAGACAGAGCUCUACAUGUCUCUGCACGAUCCCGCGGAGCAGAGAGCCAUCAGUGUCAUGCCGAGCCUGCGGCUGGCCUGCGGCUGGGAUGCGGGAGCACGGGCGAGGGAUUUCUCCGGCUCUGUCGUGAUGGACGUGACAGACAUCCUCAAGGGGAAGGUGGAGAGUGAUGAGGAGAAGCAGCACUUCAUCCCUUUCCUGCAAGUGUCGGCUGAGAAUGAUUUCCUUCAUGGUCUGAUCAGGAAGGGGACAGAGGCCAAGGAGAUCAACCACAAGGGCCAAGGGUUGUGGGUGUCCCUCAGGAUGUUGGAGGGGGACGUGCAGCAGGCCCGGAAGGAGCACCCCCACCUGGUGGACAGGAACACAGUGACGGCACGCAAGAUGGGCUUCCCAGAGAUCAUCCUGCCAGGUGAGACAGGCCGAGACGCUGUGUGCAAGCAGGGGCUGGGUUUCGUGUCGCUCAGGACACCCCUGUCUCCGCAGAAUGCCAUCAGCCUGGGCGCGGGGGACCCCAGGGUCAGCGAGUACUGCUCGGUGGUCUACUACCAGCAGAGACACCAGCACUGGAUGGAGACUGUCAAGGUGUCUAUCCCCAUUGAAGAUGUGCAGAAGACUCACCUGCGCUUCACGUUCAAGCACCGCUCCUCCAGCGACAGCAAGGACAAGGGCGAGCGGGUCUUUGCCAUGGCGUACGUGCGACUGCUGCAGAAGGACGGCACCACCUUACGGGACGGGGAGCACCUGCUCAUCCUGUACAAGGUGAGGCUCCGCGGGCCAGAGGGCACUGCUGCCUGCUGCGUCUGCUGGAGUCUGGGCUCCAUGGUGGAUCUGCUUGGACUGUUGAAGUGGCGCUCGAACCCCAGCCUGCUGGAGCAGAAUCUGAGGCGGCUGAGGAAGGUGGAGGGUGGAGAGGUGAUGAAGUUCCUGCAGGACACUCUGGACGCACUUUUCACCAUCAUGAUGGAGCACGCCGACACUGAGACCUACGACAAACUGGUCUUCGAUGCACUGGUCUUCAUCAUUAACCUUGUAGCUGAUCAGAAGUUCCAGCACUUCAACACUGUCCUGGAGACCUACAUUAGCUUGCACUUCAGUGCUACUUUGUCCUACAGAAAGCUGAUGACGGUGCUGACGGGGUACCUGGAGCUGCGCGAAGGAGAAGAACUUAACGAAAGACUAAUGGUUACCUUCAAGAGCCUGGAAUACAUCUUCAAAUUUAUUGUGCGCUCUCGUUGCCUUUACCACCAGCUCUACGAGGGAAAGGAUGCCCAGCAGUUCUCAGAGCUGGUCCAGCAAUUCCUCCAGGCGCUCUGCACCCUAAUGAGCUCCCCAAGAGAGGACUCCAUCAUUCUGGCGCAGGGCUACGCGCUGCGGUACGUCCCCACCAUCCUGAAGGACCUCUCUACAAUCCUGGACGUGUCACUUCUCAGAUGUUCUAAACAACUCUGCAAGCCAGGAAUACAGUCUUGUGGAAGAAAAGGAAGAGCUGAAUGGAUGUGGGCCUUUCUUGAACUGCUUGCUCUUUGUGAGCCUGUGUUUUUGUCAGAGUGCCGCGAUGCCCUGCUCCCUGGCCUGGUGGGAGAGGUGCAGGCUCUGGUCGCCAGCUGGAUGGAGGAGGAGACCUGCCUGGAGCUGCUGGGAAGUGUCCUGGAGCUGCUGCACAAGCCGGGAAUGGGGGAGACUCACGCACACAUGCAGCUGAUCCUGGAGAAGCUCCUGCGACCAGUCACCCAGCGUGUGAUGAUCCUGGGCCAGGAGCACCCCCUCAGUAGUCACUAUGUGGCCUGCAUGACGGCCAUCCUCAGCCAGGUGGAUGACACUCAUUACAGAGACUACAUCCAGUCCUUCCCCACGCGCCAGGACCUCAUGGACUACUUGAUGGAGACAUUCAUCAUCUUCAAGGACUUGGUGAGGAAGGACGUGUACCCCCAGGACUGGACAGUCAUGGCCAUGGUGCAGAACAGGGUAUUUCUGAGAGCCAUCACCCAGUUUGCUGAGACUCUGUGUCAGAGCUUUCUGCAGGGCAUCAACUUUGAGCUCCAGCUCUGGAAUAAUUUCUUUCACCUGUCUGUGGCAUUCCUGACCCAGAGGAGCCUGCAGCUGGAGACUUUCUCCCCCACCAAGAGAGCAGCCAUCCUCUGCAGGUAUGGGGAUAUGCGUGGAGUCCUUGGAGCCACUAUCAGGGAUAUGUGGAAUCGGCUUGGGCAGCACAAGAUGGCGUUUAUCCCGGACCUGGUGGGCCCCCUGCUGGAAGUGACACUGGUGCCAGAGCCUGAGCUGCAGAGACUCACCCUCCCACUCUUCUACGACAUGAUGUUGUGUGAAUACAACAUCAGGGGCAACUUCAACACUUUCGAAGAUGAGAUCAUUAAGAAGUUGGACAGUGAGGUGGAGGGAGGCCGUGGCGACCAGCAGUACAAACUGCUCUUCCAGAAAACCCUGCUGGAGUGCAACACGCAGCACCCCUUCCUGGCAGGGCAUUGUCAGCAGUUCGUUACCUUGGUAACCGGACUGAUGGAGCGCCUCUUGGACUACAGAGCCGUGAUGUACGAUGAUAAUGAGGCCUACCGAAUGCGCUGCACCGUCAACCUGCUGAACUUCUACAAGGAGAUAGACCGACAGGAGAUGUAUAUCAGAUACCUCCACAAGCUGAGAGAUCUUCAUCUACGCUAUGAGAACUACACAGAGGCUGCCUUCACUCUUCUACUCCACGCCAAGCUGUUGAAGUGGUCUGAUGAGCCGUUCUCAGCACAGAUGCAGGGCUUUGAGACACUGCACACCCACAGACAGGUGAAGGAGAGUCUCUACAACAAGAUAAUUGACUACUUUGACAAGGGCAAGAUGUGGGAGGAGGCUCUGGUGCUGUGCAAGGAGCUGGCGCAGCAGUACGAGAAUGAGAUCUUCGACUACGAGAUGGUCAGCGCCAUCCUGCAGGUCCAGGCGAAGUUCUAUCAGAACAUCAUGACGGUGCUGCGCCCCAGUCCAGAUUAUUUUGCAGUGGGAUACUAUGGACUCGGCUUCCCCUCCUUCCUCAGGAACAAGGUGUUUAUCCACCGUGGGCGAGAGUAUGAGAGGAGAGAAGACUUUGAGCUGCAGCUGCUGUCACAGUUCCCCAGUGCAGAGAGGAUGAAGAGCACAGCACCCCCUACUGAAGACAUCCACAGCUCUCCAGGACAGUAUAUCCAGUGCUUUACAGUACAGCCAGUCCUGGUGGAGCCAGCCCAUAUCAGGAACCAGAGUGUCCCAGACCAGAUUCUGGAUUUCUACAAGGUCAAUAAAGUCAAGUGCUUCACAUACUCCCGGCCAAUCAGAAAGGGACCCAAAGACCCUGACAAUGAAUUUGCAUCCAUGUGGAUUGAACGCACUACCUAUGAAACAGCAUACAAACUACCUGAUAUCUUGCGCUGGUAUGAGGUCAUCAGCAUGGACACGGUGACCCUCAGCCCUGUGGAGGUUGCUGUGGAGACCAUGCAGUCGACCAAUGAGAAGAUUGCUCGAGUGGUGAGGCAGCACCGUGGUGAUGCCCGUCUUCCUGUUUCUCCCAUGUCCAUGCUGCUAAAUGGCAUAGUGGAUGCUGCUGUCAUGGGCGGCUUCGCCAAGUACGAGAAGGCUUUUUUUACGGAGGAGUACAUGAGGGAUCACCCAGAGGAGAAAGGGAGGAUCUUGCAGCUUCAGGACUUAAUUGCCUGGCAGAUCCCCUUGCUGGCAGAAGGGAUAGAGCUGCACGGCCAGCGGGUGACUGAGGACCUGCGCCCGUUCCACCAGCGCAUGGAGGAGUGCUUCUCCCAGCUCCGCAGCAAAGUGGAAAAGCAGUAUGGAAUGAGGCAGCUGCCAGGGACAGGUGGGGGGCGCCCACGGUCCAUGAUGACCCUGUACAAGCCUUUGUCCCCCGUCUCUCAAGUCCGCGAGGAGCCCAAGACCAAGCAGAGUCGGAGUAGCUCAGUCCCCAAGGAUGCUCCAGAGAAAGACAGACAAAGUGCUGAGAAGAAAGAGAAGAGAAGGAGCCAGUUCCUCUCCCUAUCAGGAUCUAAGAGUGCCUCCACAGUCCAGGAAACUGGGUCCAGACUUUCCCUGAACCCGAGUGAGAACACCACAGACCAGUCAGCUGUCAAGCUAGUGAGCUUCACAGAGACCGACGGCGCCCCUUUCUCCCCAUCUCCUACAGGAGUGGCUGGUUUUCCAGGUCGGGUGAAAAGUGCGAAACCACCACCGAUACCGAGGAAAAUCUGCCAGUCUGUGAUUGAACAGUUCAGCACCACCCCGCCGCCAGAGUCCCCUCGGCACAGCUGCUCUGUCUCUCUGAAGGGUCCCUCUUCCAGCCCGGUGAUGGACAGGAUUCCGAAGGCCCCUCCCCCUACUCCGCCGAAGGGGAAACGACAGAACCAGAGCUAACCGGCCGCUGCUGCCUCGGCACCCUCCAAUCACAGCUGCUCGUCAUCAGCGCUUGCUCACAGCUUUGCUCAAGCAGCCACCUGCGGUUUAAUGCCUUCCUCAGUACCCGAUGGCUGUGGCACGGACUCAUCGGGAGUGCCCAGCAUGUAGAGCCCCUUGUGUCAGAGACACUAUUUCACCACUAUUUCUGCAAACACUUACCUACUGUACAGCACACCCAAGAGCUGGAGUACCUGUUGCUGUCAUUGAAACGCCAAGGUGACUCAGAAGAGGCUCGGCUGAUAUGUCCAAAUCCUUCAGGAGAUUAGGAGUUCAGGAGGUCUAUGAACAAGAGCAGCAGGGUGAUAUAAGAAAGAUUUUAAAUCAUUUGUUUUUAACCCCUCAUUAUAGUUUACUGCAGUAAACUAUUCUUAAAGCAAAACAGAAGCAGUAAAGCACUGUAACAAAUGUAUUAAAAUAUAUUUUUUUAAAUGCAAAGUAUUACAAAUAUUACAAAUACCGCAAUAUAUCCCAUCACCUCACUCCCAUCACCACCUCACUCCCAUCACCACCUCAC